AUGGAAGAUAUUGUUGCUUUAUUUGAGUCUCGAAUGAGUGUUUUUGAAAAGUCUCUUGUCCAAAGUCAGACUACUACUAAAAACACAAGCACUGGAAGUGACAUUUUUGCGCUAGCCGCUGAUUACACGGUCUUCAAGGACUUAAUGUGGAAAUCCUUAUCUAUGCUCCGUCAACAGCUCCAGUUGCUCACUGCUGGAUUUGAUAGGCAUGAAAUGCUGUCACGAAGAAAGGUCCUGCUCUUUCAUGGGCUUCCUGAAGAUUCUGAUGAGCAGACUGAGAGUAAAGUCCUUACUGUGAUUGCUGAGAAGAUGAAUUUAGCUGACUUUGAUACAUCGAGUAUUGACUUUUCCCAUCGCCUCGGGACAAAGAAAGACAGACCUAGACCAAUUUUAAAAUGUUCCAAUAGAGAGAUUGCAGAGAGACGAAAAGGCAAUAGGGAACCUUCACCACAAACGCCAGCAUUCCAUAGAAAGAAGGCCUGCGAACGCAUCACUAACUUGCAGCACAAAUGUCCUCAAAGCUCCGAAGAAUUGCCAUUA